GUAGGGAAAGAUAGCGAAUCUGCUUUCUUUUUGGUUCGGAUUUAACGUGAAGCUUCCAUUAAGAAUGGUCAAUUGCAUCUACCUACUACCUACACCUCUAUUCUUACCACUGCUCUACUUUCCAUAUUUACAAGGCCACUUUCGACAGCAUCAAUUCUCUCAACACAGCUUGGUAAUAUUCUCAGUUGUCAUCAAAAUGGAUCUCUGUGGUGCGGACGCCUUUGCGGCAACAAGAUCAAGCGUUCUCUCAUUAAAACGAGCAUACCCAUUCGGAACAGAGGAACAGAACGAUCCACAUACUUCGGCCUCGUCCACACCGUCAGCUGCUCAGCAUGCCAACGAAACUUGUAUUAAUUCCGUGUCUGAAAAAAAUACAUGUUUUGGCAGUAUUAUAGAUGUCAAAGUGCAAUUAUAUAAUAUGCGCAGACCCAGUCAGUCAAGAUCCCGGAUGAAUGACUCGGUCGGAUUCUUCGCAGUUGUGCAAGAAGGCGACUACUUCACCCUAGAACACGAUGGGGACAAAUUUGGGCGAUUAAACAAAGGUCUAUGCAGACAUCUCCAUGAACUCGUCAGCAUGAAAUCAGUUUGCAUUCAAGCAUGCGAAUUAGACAACGGCUAUAAUGCAGAAACGAGCUCUCCGAGCUGCCAAUCCCCAACCCAUCUUCUUGUAGACAUCAGCAUCUAUGGCGCAAGAACAGACGCCAAGGAUAUUGGCGAUCUCUUGUCAAAAUCCAACAUCUUUCUUCAAAUGCCUCGGCACAGACUAGAAGGUGUCGAGUACUAUAACCCACACAUUCUGAGGAUUGAAGGUUAUCUAGCACCAGCCUCGAUUGAACCACUUCCGUCAUCCUCUAAGGUUGGUUUUGGGUCCCCGGAAAGCCCAAACAGAACCGAAGAAACGCGAACCAACGACACUGCUGGAGUUGAUUCGAUUCUUGAUUGGUCACUAUCACAUCACAAUAUCCUGCAGGAAAUAACGAUCGUUCCGGGUAUAAAAAGCACACUUCUACCCCAUCAGAAGCAAGCGAUUGAUUUCGUCUUCCGGCGAGAGAUGGAACAAAUAUCCUCUGAACUAAGUCUGUGGGAAUACAAUGACAUAGAUGCUGACGAACCAUUUUAUCAGCACGUCUUUACUGGAGCAAAACAACCACAGCCAACUGAGGCCAAAGGUGGCAUUAUUGCAGAUGAAAUGGGGUUAGGGAAGUCGCUCGUCAUCUUAUCUACAAUCGCUGGCUCUACUGGUCGUGCAGAAGACUUUGUUGCUACCGAGGAUCAGCAGCGACCAUCUCAACCGCUUGAAAAAAGAGCUUCUAGAGCGACGCUCAUUCUAGCACCAUCCUCGCUUUUGAUUGACAAUUGGGUUGACGAAAUCCGCAAACAUACCCAUCCUGGAACUCUUCCAUUUUAUAAAUAUCUCGGACCAGAAAGACACAGAGAAAUCAAUCAGCUUCGCGAGCAACCCAUAGUAUUCACUACCUACGCUACUAUGGCGGCCGAAUUUCAUCGCGGCGAUAGUGCUUUAGCAAAAUUUAAGUGGUUCAGGAUUGUUUUAGAUGAAGCCCAUGAAAUUCGCAACCGGUCCACGAAACAGUUUCAGGCCAUCGCUAGUAUCUCAGCUUUACAUCGCUGGUGUCUUACUGGCACUCCUAUUCAAAACAGCCUCGAAGACCUCGGGGCACUGGUCUCUUUUCUCAAGGUACCGAUAUUAGAAAACCCUCCAACAUUUCGGAAAUUCAUCACGAAGCCCAUAAGCUCAAGAUCUAGAUCUCGCUUUCAAAAUCUUCAAACUUUACUCCGGACUGUCUGCCUCAGAAGAACGCGUAACCUCUUGGAUCUACCGAAGCCUAUACCAAAGCUCCGAAAAUUGCCCUUCACAUACUCGGAACAAAUGGAAUACCAAGAUUUGCUUGCACAGGGAAGAACGGAGAUUGACAUGGCAGUGAGUAGGCGUGGAAAGAGCAACAUCAACUCUGUAUUCCUCGAAUCAAUCCUCAAACUACGGCUAUUCUGUAAUAAUGGCCGCACAGACGCCGUUCUGCGAGCUGGGCCUACAGGCUUACCGGUAAACCCAGACGAGGCACUAAUCUAUCUCCAACAGCAUGAUCAGGAUAUUUGCGCUUACUGCUCUGGAACGAUAUACUUCAUCAAUGAAGAAGCUGAAACUGAUGGGGGAAUAUUUAUAUCAUCCUGUCACCAUUUGAUCUGUCAUAAUUGCAUCCCUCACCAUCGUGCAAUGAAGCAGCAUUGCCCAACUUGUACUACCAACAACGAAUCGAUAUCUCAGACCAUCUUGCCAUUGAGUAGUGUGCAUACCGGUCCAGUCAUAUGCGACGAAAACAACAAAGUACGCCGGACUGACCAGUAUCCGUCGAAGUUACUGGCUCUCUUGUCUGACAUCCAGAAAAAUUCCGCACACAAGAGCAUUGUUUUCUCUUGUUGGAAGAAGACACUAUGUCUUGUGGAAAAACUCCUCCACAGCCACGGCAUACGAUGCGUCAUGAUUGAUGGCUCGCUUCCGUUAGCUCAGCGUGUCAAAGUGCUGAAGGACUUUCGGUCUUUAAGUGGAGCGAACAUUUUACUCAUGACACUAGGGACAGGCGCAGUAGGAUUGAACCUUGCCAUUGCAUCGCACAUUUAUCUCUUGGAGCCGCAAUGGAACCCCUCCAUCGAGUCUCAAGCAAUUGGACGAGCACUUCGACUUGGCCAAACUGCUGAAGUCGUCAUCACUCGAUACAUCAUGAUUGGAACUAUUGAAGAAAGCAACAUUCUAUCUCGGCAACAGAGAAAGCUCGAACUAGCCGGCGGUGGAUUUAAUAAAAGAAAAGACAUGCAACCUGAAAGACUUCAAGCACUACAAGACGUUUUCGGUAUUAAUCAAGAGUUGAUACGAUAGGUAGUUUGAAUUAGUUCGAAGCGUAGGACCUAUAUAAUUACCAGUACAUUUCCGAAGAAUGGCGUCUUGAAAAGGGAUGAUGAUGAGCGUGUUUACGUCCGAAGGACGUAUAUACUACAUACGGGCAAGUAUGGUAUAUACAUCAACGCGCACUACUAGCGCAUAGGACGUCUAGAGUACCUCUCUAGGUAGAGAGACAGAGCUAGAGUUUCGCUUGACAUAAGAAAUUUUUAUCCUCCACUCCUGCCUCCAGUGCAUUACUCUAGCUAAUUGGCGACGGCGUUAGCUAGCCGAUAUAUUCAGGAAAAACCCUACUC